AUGUCCUCGUUCCUUAGCGACGAUUCACACAUCCCCACAAUACGGCAUUAUGAUUUGUCAAAUGUACAGGGCAGCGCUCGAGGAUGGGAGAAGGAGGAGAGAAUCCUCAUGUGUGUGCCUCUCCGUGACGCCGAGCCUCACUUGCCAAUGUUCUUCUCCCACAUGAGAAACUUUACAUAUCCGCAUCAUUUGAUAGAUUUGGCAUUCCUGGUCUCGGAUUCAAAGGACAAUACUCUACCACUCCUAGUUGACUACCUCGAGAAGCUCCAGGCGGAUCCGGAUCCACAUCAGCACUUUGGAGAAAUCUCGGUUAUCGAGAAGGAUUUCGGGCAAAAGGUACAGCAAGAUGUUGAGAACAGACAUGGUUUUGCCGCCCAGGCCAGUAGAAGGAAAACAAUGGCACAGGCGCGGAAUUGGUUGCUGAGUGCUACUUUGAGGCCAUACCACAGCUGGGUAUACUGGAGAGAUGCAGACGUGGAAACUGCACCCCCAACUAUUCUGGAAGAUCUUAUGCGACACAACAAGGAUAUCAUUGUGCCUAACGUUUGGCGACCGCUUCCCGACUGGCUCGGUGGUGAGCAGCCAUAUGAUCUUAACUCGUGGCAGGAGUCCGAGACCGCACUAGCUCUUGCAGAUACCCUUGACGAAGACGCUGUUAUUGUUGAAGGUUAUGCCGAAUAUGCAACAUGGAGGCCCCAUCUUGCUUAUCUUCGCGACCCUUACGGCGACCCGGAUGUGGAAAUGGAUAUUGAUGGUGUCGGCGGUGUCAGUAUUCUUGCCAAGGCGAAGGUCUUUAGGGCUGGCGUCCACUUCCCGGCUUUCUCAUUCGAGAAACACGCCGAGACCGAGGGUUUUGGAAAGAUGGCGAAACGGAUGAAAUUCAGUGUCGUCGGACUUCCCCAUUAUACGAUUUGGCAUUUGUACGAACCUUCCGCGGACGAUUUGAAACAUAUGGAACGCAUGGAGGAAGAGCGUCUCGCCAAGGAAGCUGCUGAAAAAGAGGAAGCCGAAAAAAAGAAGAAGAUGCAAGAAUCCUGGAGUAGUCCCAAGGAUCAAUGGGAACAAGACAAGAAAGAAAUCGACGCAGCUUUGAAGGAGAAGGAGGAAAAACUCGGUGGUGGUGAAGAAGGACCACAUGUCCAUGUUGGAGACGACGAAGCGGCGGCUCCAAAGGUUGGGUUGAAGGCAGGCGGUGGCGGCAAUAGUGAUGCAUAA